AUGGAACCUAUUUCCGAGCAAAGCCAUGCUUCUCUCUUAUCAAAGCUUCUCCUCUCAAAACUCUCACACAUCAUGUGGUCUUGUACCCUCUUUUUUGUUGCAUCUUCUGAACUGUUUCUAAUCCUCCAAAAACUGGAACCCAAGCUCCAUUUUCUGCCUCUAUGUUUUCUACUUACGUGUUUCCUAUUGAAGUGGCUUCUCUCAAGGCCUUCUCCCGUUUACAUUGUUGACUUCUCGUGCCUUAAACCUCCUAACUAUUGCAGAGUGCCAUUUGCGGCAUUCAUUGAGAACGCUUCACAGUUUAAACUCUUUGAACCAAAAAGCUUAACUUUCAUGGCCAAAGCCCUCCAAGCUUCUGGACAAAGCGAAAAUACUUACCUUCCCUCUCCAUUACACUUCAUCCCUCCAAAAACAGACCAGAACGAAGCCAUUAGAGAGGUUCACAAGCUUCUCUUCCCCAUCAUUGACGACCUCUUCGCAAAAACCAAUGUUUCACCAAUUGACAUAGACAUACUCAUAGUUAACUGCAGCUGCUUUUGUCCCUCUCCUUCUUUGUCCUCCAUUGUCAUCAACAAGUACUCCAUGAGAAGCGACGUCAAGAGCUUCCACAUCUCUGGUUCGGGUUGCAGUGCAAGUGCACUCGGCAUAGACAUGGCUCAGAGACUUCUGAGAGUACACAAGAACUCAACCGCCAUGGUUCUAAGCACAGAGAUUCUGUCAACAGGUUGGUACACCGGCAACGAGAUACCCAAGUUGAUCCUCAACUGCAUCUUCCGGAUGGGAAGCGCAGCCAUUCUUCUCUCCAACAAGAAUGAAUUAAAGAAAAAUGCAAAAUACAGGGUUCUUAGGACACUAAGAACCCAAAGCGCCUUCCUAGACGACGGUUAUCUUUCUGCUAUAUUGGAAGAAGAUUCCGUCGGAAAACGCGGAUUUAGCGUAAGGAAGAACGUGCUUCACGUGGCUCGAGAAGCCCUUCGUUCAAACAUAACCGCUCUUGGUUAUCAAGUGUUGCCUCUCUCGGAAACGCUUCGGUAUGUUGUGUCCCUCUUUAAGUUGAGGAUCUUGAAGAAGGAUUCCAAAGGCAAAGGGAUUUACGUUCCGAAUUUCAUGAGCGUGAUACAACAUAUUUGCUUGCCUUGUACGGGCAUGAGCGUUAUAAGGGAAACGGGAAAAGCGCUGAGGCUUUCUGAAAGAGAUAUUGAACCUGCAUUGGCCACAAUGCACAGGUUCGGGAACCAGUCUUCUUCGUCAUUGUGGUAUGAACUUGCGUACCUGGAAGCCAAGCAAAGGGUUAAAAAAGGUGACACUGUUUGGUUGCUUGGCAUGGGGAGUGGUCCCAAGUGCACUAGUGUGCUUCUCAAGUCUGUUACGCCUCUAUCUGGUGAACCCAACAAUGCUCCAUGGGCAGAUUGUAUUCAACACUACCCUUUGUUAAUUCAUUAA